AUGUAUAAAAUGGAAUAUUCUUACCUCAAUUCCUCCGCCUACGAGUCGUGCAUGGCUGGGAUGGACACGUCCAGCUUGGCUUCGGCUUACGCGGACUUCAGCUCGUGCAGCCAGGCGAGUGGCUUCCAGUAUAACCCCAUCAGGACCACUUUCGGGGCCACCUCCGGGUGCCCGUCCCUCACCCCCGGAUCCUGCAGCCUGGGCACCCUUAGGGACCACCAGAGCAGCCCAUACGCGGCAGGUAAGGACCCUGCGCCCCUGGCUGGAGACUGGAGAGAGAGAGAAGGGGAAAGGCAAGCAGGGAGAGAGAGAGAGAGGGCAAGAGACGAGGAAGGGGGAAGAGCCAAGCCAAAGCCCGACCGAGGAGAAAAGAGAGGGAGGGGGAAAAAUAGGAGAGGGAAGCCUCGCUUUGAUUGCAUUUGGAAAAUGGCAAUGUGUUUAGUAUUUACCCAACGAAAUUUGCUUACACAAAUGAAAGAAUUUAUCACGUUAGGAGCGAUUGCAGGGAAGGAGAGAGAGGAGAGGAGAGAGGAGGGGGGUGGGUUGGGUUGGGUUUGUGUGUUGGGGGGGGAAGAGGGGGGUGUAAUUCACUUACACCGUUACACUAUCCGAAGUCACACCCGAAACCGCCAACAAAAUUAUCUUAAGCUGCCAAAAUGAUCGGCAUAAUUUAUUUACUUUGCGAGGGAGACGGAAAAGCUGGGGGAAAUAAUUAAAUAAGCCGCGAGGAAAGCUCAUUACUGACACUGUCUUCUUCAUCAUCUUCAUCUUCAUCGCCUUUCCCCCUUUCCUUCUCUUCCCUUUCCCUCUUUUAAGAAACCGCAUCCACCACGGGCAACAACAGUAAACAAGCCAUGAAGAGAUAAGCGGGCACUGUCUCGCUGCUAGUAUUUUUCUUUUUCUUUCGUUCAUUUCUUUCCUUUUUUAGCAGCUCCCCCCCUAGGAACAACGAAAUCCCGCCUGGGCGAAAGUCUUCGAGUAAGGGAGGAGGUGCAAAAAAUUCAGGGGCAGCUCUGGAGGGGUCUGGGAGGGGGAGGCGACACUUACUUGGGAGCACGUCCCAUUGAGCUCAAUCGGACUUCCGAGUCAACAUAUUUAGGAUGGCACCUGUCGGUGUUGCUCUAUUUCGGUCAACGCAACGGGUCGAUUUUGCUAUCGAAUUCCAUGGAAACAGCAUCUCUGGUGCUGGUCGUGGAUCAUUAUUAUUUUUGGACCAUUUUUUGUACUAAACCAAGCAGGCAUGUAGCAGUAGCAUUUUGAGAGAAAGGCAGCCUUGGCCGUCUUGUCUGAAUGCUCACACCCGCAUCUAGCGAGAUCGCCCUGCCAAUCUCUCCAUUCGUCAUCUCUCUUUGCGACAUUGAAGGAGGAGAUGGGGGGGGGCCCGCAACUACGAGAUUUGCCUGUCAUUCCAACGAACCACCCCCACCCCCAUCUUAAUUUAGCAUAAAUUGUCAUCGCUCUCCCCUCCCCCGCAAUUUCAUUUUUUGAAAAUCGUCGCUAAGGGUGGUAUACUUUUGAUCCAACCGCAAUAAACAGAUGCGGUGGGGUGGAGGGGAAGGGAGGUGAAUGGGUUUCUUUUUAAUAACCUAUAUCGAAAGUGAAAAAAAUAAAUAGUGUUUUGGAGAAUCCAUCUGCAAACAGACCGUAUCAUUCUCCUUUCUUAUCCAUUUCGUUAUCGAAAUACAUCCCUCUCCCUUUUCUGGAUUAGAAACCUUAACCGUCUCAGAAAACGGAGGGGACACGAAUGCGUUUCUUCUCCGUGUCUGCUCGCGAGUAAGCUCCCUGGUUAUGCGGGUUGUUAGCAUGGCGGCGUAGACGGUUUCGCGGGUCACGCUCCGACCGCCGCAAGCGCAGUGAAACCAUUCGAAUCCGGAUCCCCCGGACGGCUGUCCUCGCGUUCCAACGGCUUAUUGCGGGGAAUCGCAGCACGUUAUCGACUGGCUUGUGUUUCUUUUCCUCCCACCCCGCUCCCCUUUCCCGCUUUAGUCCCCUACAAGCUCUUCACCGACCACGGGGGCUUGAACGAGAAGAGGAAGCAGAGGCGGAUUAGGACCACCUUCACCAGCGCGCAGCUGAAGGAACUGGAGAGGGUGUUCGCGGAGACUCACUACCCAGAUAUCUACACCCGAGAGGAACUGGCCCUCAAAAUCGACCUCACCGAAGCCAGAGUUCAGGUUGGUGAAGGAGCUCCUUUCGAUCCGGAUUGCAGCAGCCGCCUAGGCCGCUUCAUCCGGAGCAAAGCAUCGCGGGUAGCAACGCGCAGCUUUCAAGAUUUUGUUGGACGGGAGGUGACCAACGACAGAGAGUCCCAGGGUGGGAAGUCUGUUGCUUUUGCACAUUUGCAUACUUCCCUUUGGAAAAUAUAUGAAAAUGGAUGCAGGGUUUUUUAUGUUUAUCAUUCCGGGCCUCUGCCUUUUAUUUUUUUAACCUCGUUUAUCUUGAGUCAUUCCUCCAUCAGCAGCCGGAGGCAUUCAGCUUUGCAUCCCAAAGCUGUCUCACGUUCCUCAUGGUAAUGACUAAGACUCCUAAGGGCAGCCAUUUCCUUGGAGAGCCCAGUGGCUAGGAUAUGUAUUCCCUACAGCUUGGCUCACUUGCUAGAGCCACCCAUUUCUGUACAGGCACCUUGUCAGUUCCUGAUUUUGGCAGAGGACACAUUAUCAUCUGGAUAGCUGAACAGGGCAACAUGUGGCGAGGACCAUACCAUUCUGAGUAUUAGAUAUUUGCAUCCCUUCUAUAAUUUUGAUUAUUAUUUUUUUCAAGAUCUUGUUGGCAAUGCUCUCUAUUUCUGUGGGAACCAUUUCUAACUUAGCAAACUGGAGAUCUGAAUUCUCAAAGUAGGAAGAGCUUUACACUAAGAUCUCACCUGAUCUGCAAUCUAGGUAUAUAUAAACACCUUUACCUUGGAGUCACUGACCUGAAAUAAUUAUAUUUGGCAUACACUGUUGUGUCUUAAAUUAAGACACACCGUAAAUCAGGGGGUGGAGAACCUCUGGCUCUCCAGAUGUUGGCCAGGGAUGAUGUUAGUUUAUAUCUAGCAAAAUCUGUAUGGCCAGAGGUUCCUCACCUUUGCAUUAAAUACUCUAUCCUUUCACUACUUCUGAGCAUCUCAAGAGUGCAAAAGACUGGUUUAGGAUGCGCCACGAAAUAAUAACACAAGUCAUUAAGACUACAGUCCUAUCCAACUCCCCAACGGAACGAAAUUGAGAUUUCUGAGAAAACAAGGCUGCGAACCCCUCUGAUAUAACACAAAACAGGUCACAGGGGAGCAGUUAAUUUGCAAAGCAAGCCAGGCCAAAGCAUGCCACGACAGAUUCUGGCACGAAAGAUUUAAGCAUGGGCAGAAGAAUGUUAGGGUGAUGGUGCCAAACAGCAAUAAAUCUGAACAGAGGAGAACCACUGGUAUUGGAACUGAAAGGGAAUGUGGCUGUUCUGUUUUGGUGUUGUUUUGUUUUUAUUAGGUAUUUUAUGGUUUUAUAUCUUGAUUUUAUUCUGUGAACUGCCCUGAGACCCCCGGGUAUAGGGCUGUAUAUAAAUUCAAAAAAUAAUAAUAACAACAACCAGCGAUUGGCCAACAUGCUAGAUGUGUGUGGCCAAUGGUCUGGUUCCAUGCCAGCACACCUGGAAGCAUCUUAAGAGUUGCCAUGCUAGACCCUACCAGUGGUCACCUGUUCUUUUUAUUUAUGAACUGUGGCCGAGCUGAUGGCCAGCAGAACUCACAGACAGGCUACAUUAUUCCUCAGCAGAGGAACAAUAAUGCAUGUUACUUUAUAGCAACAACCAGCUUCUGCGGUGAAGGACUUUUCCUGUCCACUCUGCCCACACAAUAGGGAGUAAAUUACGGCAGUUUAUUGUCUGGACCUAUUAAAAGAAAAGAGACCUCUGCCAAAAUGAUAUGAAUGUUCUGAGAUGAAAGUUCUCCUUUAGCUUGGCAUGGCCAAUAGCCACCCAGAGUCCGUCCAUUCAACUAGGGCACAUGCCACUCUUUUCUAAACCAUAAGUGGAAGAAUUUGCAACCGUGAACUCCACCACAUUGUAUAACCUGAAUUUGCAGCGCUUCCAUUUCACAGCUUCUCCCUCCCAAUGACCACAUAAGGUGGUUUUAGCUAGCAUCUUUUAGACACUGGGUGUCUAAAGCCAAUUUACCCAGUCGCCUCGUGCCAGAAAGCAAAUAUAACCAUGGAAUAAGUCGGCCAUCUGUAACAUGUUAUUAAUCUUACUAUUGCUGCUACCCCUGAUUUCUCACAGGAAUGGGAAUUUGUGAUGCUCACAGAUGGGCUUGUCUACGCUCAUUGCCCGUCGGUUGGCACUGACUUGGGAAAUGGGCCUUUUCAUUCCCCUACCUACACCCAUAGACUAAGGAUAGUUAGCAGUGGGUAUUUUAAUCCUUUUGGGUGCACACACAAGUUCACGUACUAAAAAUAGUUGCCAGUUAAGACCUACAAGGAUAGAUCUUUCCACAUGUUUAUUGUUUUCUUUGGCUCAAGCUGGGAUAGCUCAGUCGGUUUGAGCCCCAUGUUGGGUAAAAGAUAACGGGUUGGAACAGAUCGCGUCAUGACCCCUUCCCAUUCUACAAUUCUAUGAUUUAAGUAGUGACGGCUGAGUUCUGGACCAGCUAUUUUGAAUCCAUUACCGCAAAGUGGCUUUAAAGGCGCGCUUGGGAAAGACAGAGAGACAGAGAGACAGACAGACAGACAGAGAGAGAGAGAGAGAGAGAGAGAGAGAGAGAGGAAAGGGGGAUGGUCUCGCAUACUGGUCACAAACACAGAAUCGGUGACUCGAGGUUGCUUUGGCUUGACUCGCAUAUCCCUUGCACGUGGGAAUAGAACGCUAGCCCCCCUCGCUCGCCGCCCGCCCCACUCUGAACCUCUCUCUCUCUCUUUACCCCCCUUCCUUCCUUCCUUCCUUCCUUCCUUCCUUCCUUCUGGCCAGGUCUGGUUCCAGAACCGACGGGCGAAGUUCCGCAAGCAGGAGCGCGCCGCGGCGGCAGCGGCGGCCGCAGCCAAGAACGGCUCGUCUGGGAAGAAGUCCGACGCGUCGCGGGACGAUGAGAGCAAGGAGGCCAAAAGCACCGACCCGGACAGCACCGGCGGGCCCGGCCCCAACCCCAACCCGGCUCCCAGCUGCGGCGGCGGCGGGCCCAGCCCCACGGGAGGCCCCGGCGGACCCGGAGCUGGCGGGCCCGGGCAGGAGGCCGGCAAAGGCGCGCCGUCGGGGCCUGGCGGCUUGUCGGCGGCGGCGGCGGGGCCCGGGCAGGGCUGGGCCCCCGGACCGGGGCCGAUCACCUCCAUCCCGGAUUCCUUAGGCGGGCCCUUCGCCAGCGUGCUCUCGUCGCUGCAGAGACCCAACGGCACCAAAGGCACCUUGGUGAAGAGCAGUAUGUUUUGA